AUUACACACUUAGCACAAAGAGAGGCUUGUAUCUAACUGGAACUAUAAAGUGUUUGAUGAUGCCAUCCUCGGUUUUUCUGAGUCUUGAGAAUAACGCUGGAACAAGGAGACGGUGGCAGCAGCUUUAUGUCAAAAGCUGGAGAAAUGCAAGGGCUCAGGUCUCUGUUUUACCCAAACUGGUCCUCAGAUGUGCGUCUUGAUGGGAAGACGGCUGUCGUGACGGGGGCCAACACAGGGCUCGGCAAAGAAACCGCUAAGGACUUAGCUGGCAGAGGUGCGCGGGUGAUUCUGGCGUGCAGAGACACGGCGCGGGGAGAGGAGGCGGCUCGCCACAUUGUGCGGGAGGUGAAAGGAGCCAAAGUGGUCGCCAGGCAACUGGACCUGGCCGACACCAGAUCCAUCUGCCGGUUCGCCGAGAGCGUCUACAGCACCGAGAAGGCUCUUCACUACCUGAUCAACAAUGCGGGUGUGGCUAUUUGUCCUUACGCCACCACGGCGGAUGGGUUUGAGCUGCAAUUUGGAGUCAAUCACUUGGGCCACUUCUUCCUGACCUUCCUUCUGCUGGACUUGCUGAAGCACUCGGCCCCGUCGCGGGUCAUCAACCUGUCGUCAUGUAGUCACGCCAUGGGCAAAAUCCACUUUGACGAUCUGAGCGGUGAGAAGCGGUACCACCCGGUCAAGGCCUACGUGCAGAGCAAGCUGGCCAACGUCCUGUUUACCAGAGAGCUGGGGAGGAGGACUAAGGGUCUGGGUGUAACUGCUUAUGCUGUGGACCCUGGUUUGGUGAAUACUAAGAUCAUAAGGCACAUAAAACAGCCUCUGGUGGACAUAAUCAAGACCUUUAGAUUCAUGAUCAAGACUCCAGCAGAGGGAGCCUACACCACCAUCUACUGCACAGUCACUCCUGCAGAGGAGCUCAGCAAUGGGGGAUUCUACAGAUGCUGCAUGUGUCCUUCCUCUUCUUCCAGAGACUGCGCCCUCGCGACACCUUGCAACGCAGGCCGAGAUGAAGGCACUGCCUUAAAGUUGUGGGCUGUGAGCUGCCACCUGCUCGGCAUCCACUGGUGAUAGACAGACAGGAAUAUACUCUCCAGCUUGCAACUUAAUGGUCACAAAGAAAAGCUAAUAAAAACAUUUUUAAUACGCCAAAUGUGUCCAGAGUCUGUUGUCCAGAGAUUGGGCUGCGAGGCUCCUGCCUUCAACUCCUGCUCAAUCCGCUAUGCACCGACCCCCUACUGCUCCUCCUGUGGAUGGUGGGUCCACCUGAGGACGGUCCCAAGUUGCUCCUUCGUUCUGUGUCCAGCCGGGUCCCGUGGGAAUAGGCCCAGUCAUUUCAAAGUAAACUAAAGAUGCAUUUAACAAAACAACAGCAAUUUGGAUGACGUAAAUGUAGUCAACAGAAAUUAUUGUAUACAAAGGAAAGUUAGCGUAGAGAUAGCAUGUAUUGGAAACAGAAAUAGAGAUCAUAUAAUCAGUAGAAGAUUCUAUGAUACUGGUUCAAAGGGUACUAAAAUAAGUUUGAGCUCCUUGACUCUUUUCCAUUAAAACAAUAAUAAACAUCA